GUGCAUGGUGGGAUAGGCUUCCCGCUCCGCGUGUUUGUAUUGCCGCGUGUCCCCUGUGCAGCGCCGAGCACAGCGCCCCCCUGGUGGCCAUGCCCGUGCACUGCACGGCCUGCGGAGAGCGCCCGGCAGCCCUCCGGCGGCCCCGCACGGGCCAGGCCCUGUGCCGGGCCUGCUUUGUGGGGGCCUUCGAGAAGGAGGCCCACGCGGCUGUGACGAGCGGGCGCCUAUUUCGCCGGGGGGACACGGUGGCUGUGGCGGCCUCGGGGGGCAAAGACUCCACGGUGCUGGCCCACCUGCUGCGGACCCUGGACGCCCGGCAUGGCUACGGGCUGCGGCUGGAGUUGCUGGCAGUGGACGAGGGCGCCCUGGACGGUGGUGCUGCCAUGGUGGGAGCUGACAAGAUUGCCACUGGUCACAACGCGGACGACGUGGCUGAGACGGUGCUCAUGAACUUCCUGCGGGGUGACGUGGCCCGGCUCCGCCGUGGCACCCUGGCAGCCCCCGAGGAGGCAGAGUCAAGCCAGGAUGGGGCGGUGCCUCGUUGCAAGCCCCUGCGCCAUGCCUACGAGAAGGAGAUUGUGCUCUAUGCCUACUUCCUGGGCUUGGACUACUUCAGCACCGAGUGCCGCUACGCCCCCCAUGCCUACCGUGGCCAUGCGCGCACCCUCCUCAAGGACCUGGAGGCUGCCCGGGCCAGUGCUGUGGCUGACCUGGGCCACUCGGCUGAGCACCUGGCCCUGCGGCCAGAGGCGGGGCGGGCGGCGCGUGGUGCCUGCACCCGCUGCGGCGCCGUGGCCAGCCAGCCUGUCUGUGCCGCCUGCCUCCUGCUGGAGGGCCUGGAGCGUGGCCUGCCCCGCCUUGGUUUGGGCAAGGGACGGCGGGAUCGGGCCCCAGGCAUUGAGGGGGAGGCAGAGCCAUGGGAGAAGGGGCGGGGCCUAAGGGAAGAAGCCACAAAGGAUGAUUGGCUGUAUGGUGCACAUGGACUGAAAGCCCUGGAGGAGGAGCCAUGGCAGAGGAGGCGGGGCCACAAGGCAAUGGGGGCGGAGCAAGAAAAUCCCCAUCUGGAGGAGAGGCAGCCAGGAGCCCUGGAAGAGGAAGAGGCAGAGCCACAGCAAAGGAGGGUGUGGCAACUGAGGAGGCGGAGCCAGAACAUUGUAGGGGAGGAGCCAGAGGUGAAUGGAGAGCAGCAGCCUGGAUCCCUGGAGGAGGAAGAGACACAUCACAGGAGGCGGGGCCAGGAGGCCACAGGGGAGGAGCUUCAGCUUGAGGCCACGGUGCGGCAGGCGGAGGCAUGGCAGCGGCGGCAGCGCAGGAAUCUGGACUUCUAGAUUCUGCUCCCACACUGGGUCUCCAGUUUGGGUGGACCAGGGAGGGGGCUGGGAUGGGGGAGGGGCUGACUUUGAUCCCAAUAAAGCUAAUUAGC